AUGCAUGAAGCGUAUGAAGUAUCUCAUUUGCUUAAUGCAACCGUCCAAAUAGAAGCAAUUGCAGCGUACGAUGGCAAUUUGUUGCUGGGGACCAGACAAGGCCAUUUGAUACUGUAUUCCUUGUCAACAGUAAAUGGUAAUCAAAAAUAUGAGUUGCAAAUUCUUCGGUAUUGCAAAAAUUUUAGCAAAAAACCAAUUCAACAAAUUGAAGUGAUACCAGAAGAUAACCUCCUACUAUGCUUAACAGAUAAUCUAUUGUCAACAUAUGACAUAAAUGGUGUUAAUUUUCCAUUUGUCAAAUCUUUUCCACAAACCAAGGGUGCAUCACUCUUUGCAUUAGACAAUAAGUCUGCAACAUCCAUGACUGGUGAAUCAAAUUCAGUAGUUCAUCUUUGUGUUGCUGUCAGAAGAAAACUGCAGCUGUACUAUGGUAAAAAUGGAGAGUUUAAACAGCAUAUGUUUGAUUUUACUGUACCUGAUGUACCAAAAGUUAUGGCUUGGGGACAAGAAUAUUUAUGUGUUGGAUUCAAAGCAGAAUAUACACUGUUUGAUCUAUCUUCAGGCAAACCCAAAGAGCUGUUUCCAACGAGUAGCUCCAGAUCACUUGAGCCUACAAUAGCAAAGUACUCAGAAACCUCUUUCCUGCUUGGACGUGACAACACUUCAGUGCUAGUUGAGGAGGCGAAAGAUAUUGAGAUUAAGAAAACUAUCAAAUGGACUGAAGCACCAGUAGCUGUAGUGUGGGAUGAACCGUUUAUUCUGGGUUUGCUGACGGAUCAAGUGAUAGUACAGACUGUAGAGCCCGCACUGUCUAUACAGACUUUACCCGAACUCAAUAAAGCAAGACUGAUGUAUAGAUGUAAACGUGGUUUAAUAUUUGUGGCAUCAGUGGGUCAAGUGUGGUGUCUAAGUGCUGUAGAUGUCACUAAACAAAGACAUCAGCUUCUUAAGGAUAAGCAGUUCCAAAUAGCUAUUGAUUUAACACUACUUUCAGACUGUUCUCCAGAGGAAAAGAAGCAGACGAUACAUUCCAUACAAAUGCUAUGUGCGCUCGAUUUGUUCGACGAUAAGAAAUACGCGCAGUCCAUGAAAGUGUUCAUACAACUAAACACCGAUCCGGCGGAUGUCAUCAAACUAUUCCCGGAACUGGACAAUAAGCCUGGUACCGAAGACCAAAAGAAGUUGAAGGGCAAGGAUUUGGAAAACGCUCUGAACGCUUUAAUAGAUUAUCUCGUUGAACUGAGGUCUAAGAUCGGGAAGACUAAUACCGAUGCGGGUGGAAGUAAGGAUGAUGCGACCAGUCAUAGGAACGUAACGCAACAGCUCGAGUUAAUUGAUACAACGCUUCUAAAAUGUUAUUUGCAGACAAACGACGCUUUCGUAGCGCCUCUUUUACGUUUAAACAAUUGUCGCUUAGAGGAGGCCGAAAAAACUUUAUUACAACACGGGAAACACAGCGAACUGAUAAUUUUAUAUCAAACGAAAGGACAGCAUACAAAAGCGCUGCAGCUGCUGAGGGAGCAAGCUAAGCAACCUGAUUCAAGCCUAAAGGGCUAUCACAGGACGAAGAAUUAUUUGCAACAUCUUGGUGCUGACCACAUCAAUUUAAUAUUCAAGUUUUCCGAUUGGAUAUUAGAGGAACAUCCCGAAGAAGGCUUGAAAAUAUUUACCGAGGAUAUAGUGGAAGUUGAGAAUCUUCCACGACCGAAAGUUUUAGAUUUUCUACUACGAGAACAUAAAUCUCUCGUGACACCGUACUUAGAACAUGUCAUUCACACUUGGAAUGACACAAAUCCGAUAUUCCACGAUGCAUUGGUUAAUACAUACAGAGAAAAAAUAAUGGAGAAUUCGAACAAAAGUGGAGCACCUACAACGGACGAAGAAUUGCAGCAUACUAAAUCAAAACUUUUAGCUUUUCUGGAAAAAUCUUCUCAUUAUACACCAGAAAGAGUUAUAUUGCAUUUUCCUAACGACUCAUUGUUUGAAGAACGAGCUGUCAUAUUAGGAAAGUUGGGACGGCAUGAGCAAGCGCUGGCGAUUUAUGUACAGAUUUUAGGUGACGUCGAAAGAGCAAUUCGCUACUGUGAACAGGUUUGCGAGAAUUCAAAAGACAAAUCUCUCGAUGUGUACGUGAUAUUAAUGAGAAUAUUGAUGAAUCCUGAACAAAAUGGAACUUUGUCCGGACCACUUUCAAACGUAACAAGACAUCCUAAUGCUUCUGUUCCUGAUCUUGAAACGGCUCUGACUAUACUGGAGAAGCAUGCUGAUAAAAUAUCUCCUAUAAAGGCAUUAUCGGUGUUGCCAGACACAGUCCCGUUAGGACGCUUAAAACAUUUUCUGGAAAGCGCGCUCGAAAGACAGUUGACUCGGAAAAGGCGUGUGCAAGUUCUUAAAGGACUUUUGUACGCAGAACAUUUACAGGUAAAAGAGGUGAAACAAUACCACGAAUCGAAGAGUAUAAUUAUAAACGAUUACAACGUAUGCCCUGUUUGUAAGAAGCGUUUCGGAAACCAGAGCGCCUUCGUGCGGUAUCCCAAUGGAGACAUUGUGCACUUCUCCUGCAGCCUGGAUAAGCAAUAG